AUGUCUCAUGUUGGUGGAAUACUGCAGAAGUUCGAACAACAGUAUGAACUAGUUAACCAUCUCUAUCAAACGCUUGGAGACAGAGGAAUUUUCUUUUACGACUAUACAAGACCGUUAGCGCAUACCCUCUGUAACAUGUACCUCACCAACCCUAUAUGCAUCGAUAUUCUCAUUUUUAUAAAUGGACCGAAAAGUGAUCAAUUCAACGCAACAAGAGCAGGGAUAUAUCUAUCCCAUAGUCCAGCGGGUACCUCAACGAGAAAUAUGCGUCAUUACGCUCAAAUGGUUCGCACCAAUCGGAUGGCCUCAUUUGAUCAUGGUGUAGAGGAAAAUCUUCGUUGUUACGGAACGUAUUCGCCACCCGAAUACGAUGUUAGCAGAGUUCAUUCGGAUAUAUAUGUUUUUUAUUCGGAUCACGAUUGGGUGGUAUCUGCUGAAGAUGUGGAACAAAAUUUGCUACCAUCACUUCCAUCCACUUCUGUAAAGCUUAUUAGGUAUUCAAUUUUUACAUAUAUCUUUUAAAU